AUGUCAUUAGAUUCGUGCAAGUUGACGAAUGAUAUCGAGUCUACCCCCGAUACCACUUAUGUCAAUGAUUCUUUGUCUCCAUCGGGAUUAUCACCUUUGAAUGCAAAGGAGACUGUAUUACCAAAUAAUUUCAAGUAUUACAGCCAUCACCUUAAUAAAGGGCAAUUUAAUUUAAUUUUGAUAAACUGCUCUAUAAAUUUGGUGAAAGUGUUGUAUCCGGAAAUGGAUGAGAACAAGAUUAAGUUGAGAUUUUUUAUGAUUGAGAUUUUGAGACGUUCAAAGACGUCUAUUCAGUCAUUGCAAAUUACCUGUUUUUAUCUCUUGAAGUUGAUUCAAAAGAGCAGAAGUGAGUUACCUACAUGCCCUAAGAAAUUGUUUCUCGGAUUGCUUAUCAUCGCAUCCAAAUUUAAUCAAGAUGCCAAUUAUUCUUUCAAGACUUGGUUAAAGAUCUGUGGUUGUAACAAUGGAACUGAUGCCAAUGCUAAGUCAGACUUGAAUUUACAAAUCUUGAGAAGUAUAGAGGUAAAUUGCCUUGGAUUAUUAGAUUAUGAAUGUUAUAUUAAUAAUUCCAAGUAUGAAAACUGGUGUAAUAUUUUACUUAUUUUUGGUUAUGAUUUCAUCAAGUUCCAUAAGAUUUUUAAGAGUGAAAUCACUUGGGAAGCAGAUGUGGAUGUUAUUGCUCAUAAAUUGAUUAAGUGGAAAAAAUUCUUAAUGAAUUUGGAUAUUAGCAAGUUGAAUGAAAUUAAAAGCAGCUUUAACGACUAUUAUAUUAAUCAAUAUGGUAAGAAGGUUUUGCUUUAUGAUGAUGAUGCUGAUGUUCCUUCAUUAUUUGAUAAUGGUAAGAGAAAGUUUAUGAAUAAUGACUUCUACUCGAUUGAAAAGAAAUUUAAAGUAUCUUGUAAGUAA